AAUUUUGGUGACCUUGAAAGGGUUGUUUAGUGGUCCAGAUUUCUUUGUGUAUGUAUAUUAUGCUCCAAUUCAUAUAACGAAUUAAAGACAAGACUAUCGAAAAGUGCAGAAGUAUCUAAAUCUAUCCGAUUUUCAUAGAGAUGUCGUAUCUUAAGGAUUUUCCUAUACGACUUGAAUCGUGGCUGGACGUUUGGGAUGUUGACUCGAUUGAGAACUGUUACUCUGAAUGGAAGUACUUUGCUUACAAUCUUCCUAGUCCCGUUUGGGUGAAAAAAUUUUGCAUCAUUCUUGAGAACGAACAAAGAUUUUAUAUUUUCAACUCAAAACAUGAUUCUUCUUCUUUAUUGUCUCCGCCUCAUAUUGGAAUAUCCACCAUCAACGAUACAGCUUAUCAUGCUUUGCAAAAUAUCGCAUAUAAAGCUUUAUCAGAUGAUAUUGACAAUAAUAACAGUUAUCAUUACUUUAUCAACAGUAAUACUGACAAUGACAACGACGUAAAGAAAUGUAUCAUAAAGAAGUAUCAUAGAAAUAAUUCACUUCAACGAUGUUUGAUGAAUAAUUCUUUUGAGGAUUUGAAUAAUACAUUACUAUAUCAUCCACUAUACGUUAAUACCACUAAUAAUAAUAAUGAUAACAAUAAUAAUGAAUUAAUAAAUUCCGAUAAUAAAACGUUACUGAAAAUUCAAAAAUUUCUGUUUCGUAUGAAAAAUCAUUUUUCACGUCAAACAGAACACACACAAACUCACGUCCAUCCCUCAGUGCUCUCUGCAAACCGAAGAACUUUCAAUGGUUUUAUUAGAGAAGAUCCAAUAAACGGUAAUUUUAUGGAUUCAUAUACUGAAAUACCGAAAGUACAAACAUUCUCAUCAUCUCCAUCAAUUUCAGUUAAAUGUAUUCAUUUAUUAAAUGGGAAAAAUAUGUCAAGUGACAAUAUUAAUCAAAAUGAUAUCAAUCAUCUAAGAAGUAUACGCAGAAGACAGCGAAAAAUUAAGAGACGACGAAGUCUAAAAUCAUUUAUUCACUAUUCACCUCAGAAUCUUAACAGAAAUAACAAUUAUAUAUCGAAUCAUUUUGAUACAUUUAAACGAAGUUUAAGUUAUCAACAAAUUAAAUCAAAUAAUAAUAAUCCUAAAUCAACAUUCAUUUCAACUAAUUCCUUAUUGUCAUCCUCAUCAUCAGUGAAUUCAAAUGGAAAUGUUGAACAUUCUAAGAAUAAACUUAAACAAAAUUCAAUAUUCAUGAUGGAAUCACAAUUUCAACAAGUAUCUCAUAUUUCAUCAGAUAAUAUUUAUUUACCAUUUAGUAAUGAUAGUAAAAAUCCUAAAAAUACAUCAAUACAAACGGAAGAAAAUAAAACCUAUUACAAUCCCAAUAGGGAUAUUUCACUUCAGAACUGUUUAAUUACAAGAAAUUCUCUGUUUCCGAGUACUUCAUCAUUACAAUAUACUGACUUUAAGUAUAAUAAUAGUAAAUGUGAUCUUAGUUCAACACUUGUAUAUUCUCUUGCUCAACCUGGCAAAAUCAAUGUUAGCACAAUACAUCAAAGUUUAACUGGUGGUCGUCCAUUUUGUUUUGUUUUUACUGGCCCACUUGUACAAAUGACUUCUAUAGAAAAAAAUGUAUGCUUAGAAGAUAAAACUUUAUUCACUCAUAUAUUUGCUACAGAGAGUUGGGAAUCACGUGCUAGAUGGAUAAAAAGUCUUCGAAGGACAGCAAAACCUAAUUUGGAGAACGAAUAUCAUCUGGAAAAUUCCUUAAAAUUAUCAAUUUUAGAAGCAAGAAAUAUCCCACCAAAGCGCCGUUACUACUGUGAUAUUUGUUUGGAUCGAACUUUGUAUGCGCGUACUACCAGUAAGACAGCUGUUUCAGGCAUAUUUUGGGCGGAGGAUUUUGAUUUAAAUAAUCUUCCAAAUGUUUCUGUAAUGACAAUCAGUUUAUAUCGAGAAGGUGGGUCAACCAGUAGAGAUUCAAGACGGAUUGGGGCGUCGAGAUUAAGCUUGAAAAAGAACAGAAAAGCUCAAAAUCAAUUAAUUGGUUACAUCACAAUACCCGUUACCGAAAUAUCUAGUCGUACUGACAUUCAAACAUGGUUAACUUUACAACCUCCCAUCGAAAAUUCUUCAAGUCAAGACAAUUUACUCAGUAGUUUGGAUACAACUUACACAGAUUCUCAACAAUUUGAUAAAUUAAAUUCUGCAAAACUAAAUAAGCUCGAUUCUUCAUCAUUAAACCUAUUACAUAAUCAUUCUUAUAAUAAUGGAAUAACAGAUCAGACAAAUUUUCCACAAUUACGUAUUCGUGCACGCUAUCAAUCACUUGGUGUAUUACCAUUGUGUAAUUAUUGGCCUUUAAGAACGCUUGUACUGAAUAAUAGUUUAUUGUUAACGAACUGGUUAGAAUCGUUAUUAAUAUCUGUUAAACUCAAAGAAGAAUUAGCAAAUUCACUGGUUUAUUUACAUGAAAAUAAUAACACGCUGAUUGAGUUUUUGACCAGUUUAGUUGUUCGAGAAGUUUCUGACUUAGAAAAUGAAUCAAUGGCAUUUCGAUCAAAUACAAUGGCAACGAAAGCUGUAGAAUGUUAUGUAAAAUUUGUCGGUUCAUCUUAUCUUCAUCAUUUAUUUCACUUGUUAAUACAACGUGUACUAACAUGUUUUACACCUUGGGAAGUUGAUCCAGAAAAACUAUCUUCAACUCAAUGUACUGGUGGUUCACUGAAUGCAACUGAUACUGCUGCAUAUGCUUUAUCACCCGGAAAUAUGUUAAAAAACCAUCGAUCAAUAAUAACUGGCACUUUAAUUGGCAAUCAAAUAAUGCUGUUAAGAUAUUUUGAUGUUGUUUGGCGAGCUAUUCAAUCCAGUUUGAAUUAUUUCCCAAGUGUACUCAUUCGCUUAUUCAGUUCAUUUCGUGAAGCAUUAGAAACAAUUCGUGGAUCAGAAUUUUGUGAUAAUUUAAUAUCUGGUUGUAUAUUUUUACGACUGAUCUGUCCAGCUUUACUUUCACCUUCCUUGUUUGGUUUAAUCAGUGCAUUUCCUAGUGAACCAGCAUGUCAACGUAACCUCACACUGCUGGCUAAAUCAUUGCAAUCAUUAGCUAAUUUUAGUACAUUCGAUGAUAAAGAACCUUAUAUGAGAUUUUUAAAUGGUUAUGUUUCUUAUCAGUUGUCAUUGAUGCGAAUGUUUAUUCGAUCGAUAUCACCAUCUUCACUGAACUCACAUAACAAUGACAUGAUUCAUAAUGUUGUUACUGGUUCUGUAACAGUUGACAAUGAAAUGUUAUUAUCAUCGCCAACAAACAAUUCACAUCAGACAAAAAGAUCAACCUUAGUAAAAACACAAAAUAAUGUCAAAGAUACAAUUGAUGAGAAUUGUGAAUUGGCUAAUCUUCAUCUUAUAUUAUCAGAUGUGAUGUUUUCUGAUUCAACAAUAUCUGCUACAAGUAAUGAUGACACUUUACUAACGGGGACUGUUAAUACCACUACUACUAGUACUACUAAUGCUAUUACAAAUACUGUACUGUUUGGUAAUAACAAUAAUCUGAUAACAGUCAAUCCUACUUGUGAUACAAAUUUUUUAUCAAAUUCUACAACAAUGCUUGGAAAGAGUGCUACUAAUUUUCUUAAAACUCUCAAUUCUACUGUUAUGGCCAGUUUACCAAAUGAAUUAUGCACACUUCCAAAAAUACUAGACGAUAUUUCACGUGCAUUACAAUGUAGUUCAUUAACAAGGUGUUUAAAUUAUGAUAAAAGUGUAUAUUCUGUAAAUAAUAAUGAUACUAAUCAUAACAGUAACCAUUAUCAUAGUAAUAAUAUAAAUAAUCUUUUAAAUUCCACUUCUACUAAUCGAUGUCAACAGUCCAACUUUUUAAUCUCUUCAUCAAAUAAUAUUAAAGAUAAUAUUGACAUUACUGAUGUUCAUAACAGUGAACAAUCAAUCAAUUCAAUUUAUGCUCAUCAUACAAAUUCACAAAUGACUACACCAUAUUAUACAUUACAUUAUAAUCCAGGUUUUCAUAAUCCAUUAUUAAUGGAUAAUCAUAAAAAUUCAAAUGGAUUAUUAAUACCACAAUUGAAACAGUCAACAUCAUUAACUGGUCUACCAUCGGAUAUAUCGAGACCAAAUCCAAAUGAUUAUGAUGAACCAUAUAUAAGUAAUGAUGAAAGUGAUCAUGGAAUAAAUGAUACUGUUAACAUUAAUCGUUUAGAUGAUGAAAUAAUAAACAAGAAUAAAAUGAAAGAUAAAAAUAAUGACUAUUCUUUUCAACAUCAAUCGUCAUUAUCAGUUACUAAAAUUAUGGAAUUGGAAAAGUGUAACUAUUCAGAGAAUCAGAAGAAAUAUGAACAGAAAUCAAUCAGUUUAGACAAAUUAAAUGAUUUAAAUAAUGAACAUAUCUAUGAUACUGUACCAUUUUCAUCCUCAUCUUCUCGAUCGUCAUCAUCAUCAUUGACAAAAAUAUCAUUUAAGAGUCAGUUAAGUAAUUUUAAUCAGUCAACAUUUAAGAAUUAUGAUCACACACUACAAAGUGAUACAUUGGACGUCACUAAAUGUCAGUCAGAUAAAAUGAAUCUACUGAAUGUUACGGAUCAAUCAAUCAUAAAAUCAAAUUCAUACAAAUCUAUGUCAUUAACAAAUAAUAGACUGACAUCCUCUGAAAUUGUUCCAACAAAUGAAACUGAAAAUAAUUCAAGUACAAAUUCUCUGCACAAUAAUAAUAAUAAUAAUAUUAAUAGUAUUUCACCAAGAUUAUUUCCAAAACAAGUUACAACAGCAAAUGUGAUAUUAACUAAACCAAGUAUUAUGUGUUCAUCUAGUGAUUCAACAAAAAUAUCUAAAGUUCAAAGACAAUUUCGAUCAAAUAAUAACAGUCGUGAAAAUAUAUUUGAUAGGGAUGUGGAUAACGAUCAAUUCUUUUUCGGUACAUCAACAAAUACUGUUCAAUCGAACUUGCCACAUAAUUAUCGUAAUCAUCAUUUUCCAAGUAAUUUAUCAAAUAAUUAUUCAAAGAACAAUACAUACGCUUACAGUAAAAAUAUUUUAUCAUCAACCUCGACAGAAGAACUGCUUAGCCAAUCAGAUACCACUUCAUAUAAUAUGAUUCAAAUGGAAGAAGAUAGUUCUAAUUAUUCAUUAGCUAAUAAUACAAAUAAUACUACUAAUGCCGCUGAUACUUCUGCCGACAAGAAUAAUAAUAUUAAUAAACAACCGAAAGAAUUAUUCAGUGAAGUAGCUCGCCUACGUUAUGAGUUAUUGUUAUCACGUCAAGAUGCUUUACGAGCAGCUGAUCGAUUAAGUAAACAAGAAACUGAAAUUUAUCAACUUCGUCAAUUAUUAGACCAACUUAUCAAUAAAAAUAAAAUCAAUACUACCACUAAUGGUAAUAAUAAUCAAUCCAUCCAUUUAAAAGUACCAAAAUUAAAUAUUCAUUCUGAUUAUUGUACAAAUUUACAGGGAAAUGAAUUGAAAUCCAAUAGUGAUAAACAGUUAUAUUCAUGUAAGCAAUCAGUUCCGAUUACUACUAAUACUACUGGUGUUAAUUGUCUACAGAAUUCAGCAAAUAAUAGUAACAAUAACAAUGAUGCCAAUGUUUUACAAACUGUAACUGCUACAUUUAAAGAAUUAGAUGAUGCAAUGGCAAGACUCGAAUUAGAACAAAGUGAACUACUUCGUGAACAAGCUCGAAUCCGUGCACGAAUUGUUGCUGCACGUCCAAAACAGCUAUCAUCAAGUUGUAAACAAUCUAAUCCUAAUUCUCUCUUAUCUUGUUCAACCAAAUCAGCUAUUCGUCCAAGACAAUUUGAUUCUUCUUUGUCAAAAAUGCCAAAUAAUUUGGUAAAUCAUGGAUUAUCUAGUCCUAGUGAUCAAGUGCAGUAUAUAAAUUCUUCUCGUACAAUUAACAAUAACAAUAUUUAUAAUAUAAAUAAUAAUCAUAACAAAUUACAACAAGAAAUUGUUGAUGGUAUUCCUAAGAUUUCUUUUUCAUCAACUCGAACAUCUUCACCACAUAUUUAAAGAACAGAAAGCAUUUAUAUAUAAUGUUUUGUCAGAUGCUUCGUUUUGUUUUUUUUAAGAACCCACCAUGCAUUUCAAUAAAUCUCAACUAUUAUUACCAUGAAUAAAAUAUCUCCAUAUGGUUAUUAGUUUAUUUUUAGAAACGAAAUUGUCAAUUGUUGCCAAUUGUUAGUUUUGUUAAAAAUUUGCUGUCAAGUGUAUUUAGUUUUAGAACUUCUUCAUUACUUGUGAAUUAUUACAAAAUUUCGCAUAAUUUACAAGUAAAUUAUAUGUAAAUCAAUGAUGUAUAUUUCUGUAUGUAGAUAGAGAUGUUACCUUCGUUUUAACUUAAGUUCUGUUCAAUGAAGCACAAAUUAAAUUUCUCUUUUGAUGUUCUACAUUAUUUUCUAUUUAAAAAACACUGUUGAUUCUAUUCAUCUUUCGGUGUUUUAAAUCACAGAUCUAUAAUGUUUUCCAAUGACAUCAAAAAUUAAUGUGAUAUAAUUUUGUCAACUUUAUAUGAAUGUAAAGUUCAACUACUUAUAAGUAGUAGUAUAAAUUUGUGAAAAAAUAUUUACAAAGUAAUAACUUAUAGGUAUCGAUAGUUUAUGAAUAUCUAAUUUUGAGAAAGUAAAUUCUCUAAAAUAUUUAAGAAAAUUUUCAAGAAACAUUGUAAUGGUAUUUUAUGUGAAUUCUUGUUAUUUUUACUUUUCUGUAAUUCAAUAAUAGAAAAAUAGAGAAUCAUGAAACU